ACUGUCACGUGGCUAAGACCUUCCUGCUUCCGGUUGGGAUUUGAGGUGUCUUCAUCGAUUGGUCAGUGCUGUAGGAGAUGAUGAUGAUGAUGAUGAUGAUGAUGAUGAUGAUGAUGUUGUCCUGGUUUCUGCUGCUGAUGUUUGGGUGUGUUCGUGCUUCUGAACUCACGUUCGAGCUGCCGGAUAACGCCAAACAGUGUUUCUAUGAGGACAUUAUUAUCGGCACUAAAUGCACUCUUGAGUUCCAGGUGGUGACUGGAGGUCAUUAUGAUGUGGACUGUCGUCUGGAGGAUGCUGAUGGAACAGUUCUGUAUAAAGAGAUGAAGAAACAGUACGACAGCUUUACGUUCACCGCAGCGAGAAACGGCACUUAUAAGUUCUGCUUCAGCAACGAGUUCUCCACCUUUACACACAAGACCGUGUAUUUUGACUUUCAAGUCGGUGACGACCCUCCACUUUUCCCCAAUGAGAACAGAGUUACUGCUUUAACACAGAUGGAAUCCGCAUGCGUCUCCAUUCAUGAGGCUUUGAAAUCCGUCAUCGACUAUCAGACGCAUUUCCGCCUGCGAGAAGCUCAAGGCCGCAGUCGAGCAGAAGAUCUGAACACUAGAGUGGCGUUCUGGUCCAUCGGGGAGGCCCUCAUCCUGUUAGUGGUCAGUAUUAGUCAGGUGGUGCUUCUGAGGAGCUUCUUCUCAGACAAGAAAACCACCACGACUCGUGUUGGGUCGUAACGCUUGCAGGUUCAUCGCUCAUCACGCACGAUGACCUCAGACACGGUCACAUCUCAAAGGGGUUUUUAAAGUCAUUUAAACUAAACACCUUGAGCUGGUUUCCUUUAGUCCUGUUGUGUGAACUGAGGUUUCAUAUCCAGCCAAUCAUAUUAUCAGUUCUGUGAGUCAAACAUUUUAAUUUAUUUUGUGGGUUUGUGCAGGAUUGUUUCACAGAAAUAUAAGUGAAGAUUACCGGAUAUAUUGACCGAACAGAUGUACAGACACUACAGACACACAGUUGCUGUAUGUACAUUGUGUUAUCAUCAUCACUCGUAAUAAUAAUAAUAAUAAAAACAAUAUGUAUAGACUUUAAACAGUAGUUUGGUAUAAAUAGAGCCACUUUCUGUUUUGAAUGCUUUAUUUGUGUUGUGGAAAAGUGUUUCUCAUGGUCAUGAUGUUGGUGUUUUAUAUUAGCUGUUUUUUGUUUUUAAAUAGUGGUGCAUUGAUUUUUUUUACCUUGUUUGUUUGGGAGUAAUAAAUGUCUUGAAUGCCUCAUAGCUUCUUUAUAGAACAUUACAGAGACUGAAAACUGACACACUUUCAGAAAAUAUCAUUGAAUAUAUUAUUCUGAAUUAUGUUAGAGGUGCAGUUCUGUCUUCAGAAACAUCUAAUACAAAAACUGCACUGAUGAAUCUUCACAAUGACCCUUAGAACAUCCGUGUGAUAUGAUUCAGCAUAUCUGAGUGCACUUAGAAGUGUACUUCACACUGUACAUGUUCACUUGGAAGGGCACUUGGGAAGAAGUGUACAUCUGUAGAUCACUUUACAAGAAGUGGAGAGGGACAUUUCUGAGUAAAAUAAUACAAACUGAAAGUAAAAUAGUGAAUAAAAAAAAGUGUUACAAUAUUAUCAUUUAUUUGGUCAUAUACACGCAUAUAAAAUAAACAAAUUACAUGUAUUUUAUAUUAAACAGCAGUCAU